UAAGAAAAAUAAGGCAGAAAUUUAGAGAAGAAUCCAAGAAGAAGAAGAGGGUCCCUCCUUUACAGCGAUCUUAGGAAUUGGCAGGCUAGUUCGCAGCAGGUUUUAGAACUGACUUGAGUACUUGAGAAGUAAGUUGGUGUCCCUCCUGUGCUUUAGUAUUAUAUAAAUUUCCCCAAAGCUGAAAACAUUGCAGAAGUUUGUUGGAGAAAAAAGAAAGAAAGGAAAGAUUCCAGGAGUCUAUGCAGAACAGUGUUUGGAGAAGAUUGCAACAGGCUGCAAGUCAAUUAUGACCAAACGAUUUUAGUCAUUGCAAAGCCAAUGGAAACACUCAACCCUGAUAAGAUCCCUUCUGGAGCUAAAAGCAGGUUCCUCCAUUUCUCCUUUAGCCCCUUACAUGGCUGCGUCUUGGCUCGUAAGUAUGCUCUUCUUUCUUGUCCUUCAAGAUGGAAACAAGAUGACCCUAGGGGAUAAAGAAGAAGAUUUUUUCAAAGCUUGCCCACCAUCCAAGUGCGGAUUAGGAGGCUUGAAGAUCAGAUAUCCCCUGCGACUGAUGACUAGUCCUCCAUCCUGCGGUGCAGAAGGCUUGCAUCUUUCAUGCUCUGGCAACGACACCUUCCUCUCUCUCUCCCGUUCAAGCUCCUAUAAAGUGACUAAAAUAAGCUAUACCUUCGGUCAAAUAGCGAUCAAUGUUGGAGAACCAUGGGUUCGCUGUCCACUGCAAAGUCUCAGCUCCAUCAAGCUCACUUCGCCGGUGUACAAGCCUUCUCUUACCCAGAUAUUUAGUUUGGUACGCUGCUCAAAAAGACCCAAAGGAAGUGCUGAAAUGAUUGGUCCAAUAUAAUGUCUCAGCAGUGCAGGUUAUGAUAUUUUUGCUGCAGAAAUAGAUAUGUCUAUGGACAAGCUACCCUUCGAUUGCAUGGUGGUUUCAGCAGGUGCCGAGAUCCCCACCCUAAUUACUGGUAAUUAUUACGAGGAAGCGCUGCAUUCAUUAGGUGUGGAGAUCCCCUCCCUAAUUACUAGUUAUAUCGGGUCAGCAAUUGAUUUCAUAGAGAGGGGAGAGCUAACCCUUGAUUGGUCUAUUCCUGAGAUCAGUAUUCCUGAGAUCAGUGAUAAAUGCAAGGCCUGCGAAGCUGUAGCAAAGCGCUGUGCAGGACACGAAGUCUACUGCAACACUAGCCAGCAUCUAUCCUCAAAAAACACUAACCAGCAUCAUGGUUCAGAUGUCAAGCUCAUUACAGGCAUAUUGACUGGUGCAAUUGUUACACUUGUAUUAGCAGCUCUUAUUCUACUCUACAUUUUCAAAAAGUCAGAUACAGAAAAAGAAACACAAUUGAAGGUAGAACGGUUUCUAGCAAUGUACAAGACCACGAAACCCACUCGAUACACUUUUGUAGAAGUUAAGAAGAUGACAAGAAGGUUUAAGCAUAAAUUAGGUCAAGGUGGAUUUGGAAGUGUGUACAAAGGGGAGUUGCCAAACGGAAUUCCUGUUGCAGUUAAGAUGCUUGAGAAGUCUAAAGGGGAGGGAGAAGAGUUCAUCAAUGAAGUAGCCACCAUUGGAAGAAUUCACCAUGUCAAUGUGGUGCGCCUCCUGGGAUUUUGCUCCGAAAGAACAAGGCAUGCACUUGGAUAUGAAUUCAUGCCUAAUGAAUCACUAGAGAAGUAUAUUUACUCUAGAGAAAAUACACGAGCUCAUGAAUCAUUUUGCAUCCAAAAGUUGCUAGAAAUAGUGAAAGGUAUUGCUCGGGGUAUUGAGUAUUUGCACCAGGGAUGUGAUCAACGGAUCCUACAUUUCGACAUCAAGCCUCAUAACAUUUUGUUGGACUAUGACUUCAACCCGAAGAUCUCAGAUUUUGGUCUUGCAAAGCUAUGCUCAAGGGAUCGUAGCAUCAUUACCAUGACCGCAGCUAGGGGCACAAUGGGCUACAUUGCACCUGAAAUGUACUCUAGGAACUUUGGAACGGUUUCUUAUAAAUCAGAUAUAUAUAGUUUUGGAAUGUUGAUAUUGGAAAUGGUGGGAGGCAAGAAGAGCAAGGAUCCCGAGAUUGAGAAUCAGAACGAAGUUUAUUUUCCAGAAAAGGUAUAUGAAUGGAUAGUUCAUGGACAAGAUCUGGGACUGAAUUCGGAGAUGAACGGAAGAGAAGAAGAGAUUGUGAAGAAGCUUGCUAUAGUAGCACUCUGGUGCAUACAGUGGAAUCCGGCAGAUCGUCCCUCCAUGACAAGGGUAAUUCAGAUGCUGACAGGGGAUUUGCAAAGCUUACAAAUACCCCCAAAACCUUUCAUUUCCUCAUCUGAUCACUAGAAUUGUACGAUUCUAAAUGAAGUAUAGAUGCCAACAAUGCAAUUUAAAGGACAUAUUUGUUUUGUAAACAGAUUCAUAGGAUAUGCUAUGAAAUAUCAUUAGCAUUACUCGAAUUUUCACCAUCUAUCUUGAAUUUGUUCACUAUAUUUUAAAUAUUAUGCUUUCUCAAUAUUUAAGUUUAGAGAUUCAUGUGCACCUGAGUCUGUAACAUGUCCUUCCUCUCACACACGGAGAGAGAGAGAGAGAGAGAGAGAGAAUCUAAAUUAUCUUUCCCACUCUUCUUCCUAAGCCUACAGAUUAGUAUGUGAAUAAGUGCAUCUUUUCCUGCUAUGAUGGGGUUUUAUUAAGUUCUACAGAAUUAUCACGACUUUAGACUUCCAAUAGUCAUUGUGAUUAUGAUUAUUAUCUAAAAAAAGAAUUUCAGAUCUUGCCCUGUUCUUGUCUUUGUCAGGUGGUUUGGCUGUCUUUGGUGCUCCUUAUGUCACUGGUCAGUCGGAGCUUGGAGCACCACUGGCCAUACUCCAUUCUCCUCUCCUUUUUAAUUUUUUUGUGGGGAAAGGGAAGCUGGAAACUACCCUUCUUUUAUUAGAAAAAUAUAUAUAGGAGAAUUUACAAAAGACUUAGGAGAGAGUGAGAAGAAGUCGAACAAAACAGAUUCAUACAGACACAUCUGAGUGUCCGGAAUGGACCCGAUUCCUGUAAACAGAUAGCAGCAAAUGGAUAGACCAGGCUUCAGAAGAGAAUUAUCAUCUGCCGACAGAGUCAAAGCAGAAAAAUUUGGAGAGCUACAAACAGACUUAAAAAAAAAACAAGGGAACUGCAGGGAUCAUGCAGAAGUACCCGGC